CGAUGUCCUACGUGCAUAACACAUCGUAUCUUAUCAUAAAUUGUUCCGGGCACGAUAUCUUUUGUCAACAGGAUAGAUAUAGUAUGCUUGGUUGUAUUUAUUUUUACAUUGCUCCAAGAUAGAGAAGGUAUUUUAACAAACUACACCAACUGAAAUGUUUAAAUAUGGAAAUUAGAGACACUAGGAAAAUUACUGUGGUAUUUCUCCUGACAUUGUUCUGUGGAUCAAAUUCAAGUAUUCUUUCUGGUCUUGCAGGAUUUGGCUUUUCACCUCUUGAACACUCAGUAUGUGAUGAAAAUGCGUCCGACUCCCGCACUUGCUAUGUUUCUGAAGUGAAAAACAUCUCAUGUUUUACUGCGGAAGUUCGUUUUGAUGCUUGCAAGAAACAGGCCGACUCUUUUCUAUCGAACAACACUAUUCCGGGGAAUGGACCCAGAAACUGGACCCAUCUACAGGCUUAUUAUCACAGGCAUGACGGCAGUAGAGGUCGGCCGGGAAAUAUCGGAUUUUGCAUAGAGAUGAAACGAGGUAACUGUACACAGUCCCGUUGUUUAAAGACAUGCUGCAGUGGUUGGGAAGAGGACGAAACUGGACAAUGUAACAAACCUACAAAAUCCCCCUGUAAGAACGGAGGUACUUACGACAUACGAAUGAAGUUUUGCAUGUGUGUACAAGGAUUCUCUGGACAGUUCUGUGAAAUAGCCUUAUGUCACAGGGGAUGUCUGAAUGGAGGCCAGUGUACUCCUAGUGCUGACGGGAGAAACCUUUGUAUAUGUCCACAAUAUACCUAUGGAUUUAACUGUCAGCAUUUAAAGUGUCCGUACACAUGUGAAAAUGGUGGACACUGUAUCUUCGAUGGUUCAAUUCCAGCCUGCAAAUGUCCGCCAGGAUUCUAUGGGAAGACUUGUGCGCACUCAUACCGUGGUGACUCGACUUGUCCUCCACCUAACACUACGAUAUGUACAGAUCUCAGCUGUAGGGAUGACUGUGACGCCGAAAAUGACUGCCCUUCCGGUCACGUGUGUUGUACUGACGGCUGCUGCACAAAGUGUGUCAAACCAAGGUCACCAGGAUGCUUGGUUAACGAGACUUUAUACCAACCGUUUGAUUGGUUUCGAAAGGACUUCUGCACAGAGUGUGCAUGCAAACAUGACGGAUCUAUUCACUGUAUGACAAGUCCCAUGUCUUAUGAUAACUCCCACUGCUGUUUUUCCUACUGCAGAGAUAAAACGACACAUAAGCCACAAACCUUCCAUAGACGGCCAACAAUAAACUGCAGCGAUGAAAUAAGGGUGGUGUCUGUUUCCAGAUUUUCUGCAUAUGCCCAUAUGGACAAUUUGAACAUUAUUGCAAAAGAUGAAAAAAAUUCUACAUUAAAGGUACACUAUUCGCCUGUUAAUCUAAUACUUCAGAGAAUUUCGACUCUCUAUAAGACUGUAGAACUGGUCAGAGCUUCCGCCACAGACAGUUGGGGUCAAAUAGCAGUAUGCAUUCAAAAGGUUCUAGUUUUCGAUCGUACCCCGCCAAGGUUUAUAUCAUGUCCGUCGGACAUCUAUGUCAAAGAGAACAAGCUGGUAUAUUGGAGAACACCAAGGGCUCGUGACAAUGUUGGUAUAAAGUCUCUACUUUGUACCCGUGCCAAUCAUCGACGGUUCCCGGUGGGACUCAACACGGUUACAUGCACAGCUAUAGACUACGACGGCAACAAAGCUUUUUGUCACUUUGACAUCCAUGUUGCGAAAACAGACAAAUCAGAUCGAGUUCCACCGGUAUUUGUGUCAUGCCCGAGUGAUAUCUAUGCCGCUGAGGGCGAAGAGGUAUCUUGGAAAGAGCCCAGAGUAGUUGACAAUUUCGCUAUACGGUCACUAAAGAGCAACUAUGACUCGCAUACAACAUUUCCAGUGGGUUUGACCAUGGUCGUGUAUACAGCAACCGACUACGACAACAACAAAGCUUUCUGCAGUUUCAACAUUUUUGUUACUCAAAAAUACACGGAUACGCAGGAAUAUGAUGAUACCUCGAAAUCUCACGUGACCGAUUCUGUCAAGAUUAUAGUUGCCACUGUGAGCAGCCUUAUUGUUAUUCUUGUCAUAGUCAUUGUGACUGUUAUAAUAUAUAGACGGUACCGUGCAAAACCAGCACAGAGAUCCAGGUCCCGUCGUCCGGGCAACAACAGAGCACAGGCCCCAAUACCUUCCAUCAGUAACAUUUUGUACAACAGUAGGGACGAGAGUUUAGGCGUUGCUAUAGUACCAACAUUAAAACCACCCCCAUACAGUCCAGCGACUGAUCCACCAUCAUAUGAUGAAGUGUUCAUGGAUUCUUGUCCGCAAAGUAACGCAGGAAACGAGACUCUCAGUAACCAACCACCUGCAUACGAAUCUGUGGAAUAGGAAACGCACAGGCGGAUAUAUUUUAUACAAUGUAUUUGAGAUAUGCCAUCCUGCGUAUGUUUGAUUCAUAGCUGACUAUGUGCGAAGUUCCUUUGAAUUGAACCCAAGUUCAUCAUUAGAAGUUGACAUCCAUAGCUCGCGGAAUAUCAGUAAACAUCAUUUCUCCCCACUGGGUGUUAUUCCUCUCAAAUGACAUUACAAAAUAGCGCAAUGUUUAUAAAGCAGUAUGAGCUCUUUAAUAUUGCCGAAAACCUUUUCCUUAUGAUUCACAUUGUAUUGUUUAUAUUUUAUACCCACAAUGAAUAUUUUGAAUUUCCAGCUAUUACAUAAGUAGAGUCAUUGGAACGUACCUUUUACUAGUGAUCAAACCGAACGUUUGAUAAUCUCAAAGAGGUACGAGAAAAAGAUGAAGGAAAACGAUUACUGUUUUUAUUUUUAUUUUGCAUUUUUUUACUUGAACCGAAUUGAAUUCUCGCAGAUACGACUUCUCCAUUAGAUGUGUAAAGUUCUUUUUGUUCCUUUUUGUUUACUGUGUUUGUUUGUCUUUGUACAAUUUGUUUUUAGAUUUAAUUUUAAUAAAGUUUCAUUUUUAAUCAA